AGCACAAAGAAGAUCAAGAACAGUGCCUUCCUUUCAGUGCUGCAUUUUAUUUUGGGAUUCAGAAGAAGCAUAAGAGUCAGUGUUCCUAGAAUUCUCCCAUCAAUUUCAUUCUGACUUGUUUUCCUUCUGCCCCUUGGUCUUUGGCCUUUCUUCUCUUCUAUGUCUCUACCAUCUCCUGUAAUGGAAUCCCCUCAGCUCACUGAGGAUGAUGGCGAGGAGUGCAACAGUAAUGAAUCCGGCUGGACGAUGUACCUGGCCUCCCCCACUCGUAGUGAUGAUGUGAGAGCAAUUGUCAGUGAAGGAAGUAACGUCGACGAUGGCACUGGCUAUAGCAAUGUGAACCACAGAGGAGAAGACGACAAAUGCAAUGCAAAUGAUGAUGCAGAUUAUGACUCCUUGGCUUCUGAUGCCUCCACCGGGCCAGCUGAAGUGAAGGUACAAGAAGGCAAAGAAGAUAGAGAUCAUCAGAUGAAUGGUGGCAGCAGACAUGAACAUGGUAAGGAGACACAAGACGAGAUACGCCCCAAGCUCUCAAUCAGCUGCAACAAAAAGGUAGGCAAGAUGAAGAAAGGAGAGGAGAAGAUCAGUAGAAGAGGCCAAAACAAGAGACGGAGCUCCUCAAGAACAAGCUUCUUUUGGUAAAUGUUGCAAAAUUUUUGUAGGGUAUCCUCAUCUAUGUUUUUUUAUCAAGCUAAAAUUCUUGUAGGAGGCAUAUAGAAUGGAAGGCCAUGUGAGGGUCCUUGCAAUUGUCUUCCAAGUUUUUGUCCACUUAUUAACCACCCUCAUAGGUAAAGCCAAUUGCGGCUCUCUGAUUAUUAUUCAAUGCCAUAACUUUUAUCAUCUCAUUCAGAACUGUAUGCACCUAUCUAUUCUAUCUAUAAGAACAAAAACAAUUCUAGUACAGAAAGCCACAUAUUUCCUAGAUACAUUUC